AUGGCUGAUAAAGGUGGAAAGAUCCUUCCAGGACAAUUGUACAUUGAAGUGGAGUAUGACUAUGAGUAUGAGGCCAAGGACAAGAAAAUUGUGAUUAAGCAAGGGGAGAAAUACAUCUUAGUGAAAAAGACUAACGAUGAUUGGUGGCAAGUCAAAAGAGAUGAGAAUUCCAAACCCUUUUAUGUGCCAGCACAGUAUGUGAAGGAAAUACCCCGAAAAGCACUGAUGCCACCUGUUAAGCAAGCAAGUAUGCUGCCAAAUAAUGCCUUGAAGUUGACACAUGGAUUACAGAGAUCAAUUGAAAAUGUGAAUAAGUCACCGGAGCUUACUAGUUUUGGAAAAUCUUCUCCAGUUCAAGUGUCUUGCUUAGUUCGAGAUGCCAAUCAAAAUCUGGGACCAAACAAUAGCCCUGGUCAAACUCUUGGUUUGAGUCUGGACCUUACUCAAAACAAUGGAAAACUUAACAAUGAGUUGCAGUCUCCCAAGGUUUCCAGUCAGUAUAGAACCAUCUCCAUGGGUCAUUUCCCAUGUCCGGAGUUCUUGGAAAUAGAGAAGACCAGCUUUUUGCAUGAACAAUGUUGUGAUUCAGCGGGAGAAGGCUCAGAAAAAAUUCACCAAGAUUCGGAGUCUGGAGAUGAACUCAGUAGUAGCUCCACAGAACAAGUGCAGCCAACUACUCCACCAAGCCAAGGGAGGCCUGAUUCACCAGUUUAUGCUAAUUUACAAGAACUGAAAAUAUCUCAGUCUGCACUUCCACCACUGCCUACAAGUGCUCCGGUCCAAAUAAAUGGGGAAUGGGAAACCCAUAAAGAUACAACAGGACGCUGUUAUUACUACAACAGAGGAUCACAGGAGCGAACCUGGAAACCUCCGCGGUGGGCCCGAGAUGCAAGCAUUAAUAAAGGGGAUUCUCAGAGCCAUGCAGAUCAUGAGCAUCUUUCAUCAGAAGAAAACGACCACAGUUCUUGUUACAGCCAGUCAGAUAGUCAGUAUGGUUCUCCUCCAAAGGGUUGGUCAGAAGAGUUGGAUGAACAUGGUCAAACCUUAUAUACCAAUGACUAUACUAAUGAAAAGUGGAUAAAACACGCAGAUGAACAAGGUAGACCAUACUACUACAGUGCUGAUGGUUCCCGAUCAGAGUGGGAGUUACCUAAGUAUAAUGCUUCACCACAGCAGCAAAGAGAUAUAAUAAAGAGUAGGAGUCUGGACAGGAGGCUACAAGAACCAAUAGUUUUAACAAAAUGGAGGCACAGCACAAUUGUGUUGGACACCAAUGAUAAGGAAUCAUCAACUGCUUCCAAGGCCAGUUUUCCUGAAAAUGAAUCCUCUCCUUCUUCACCAAAGCAUCAAGCCACAGGUCAAGAGAAGUAUGGAUUAUUGAAUGUGACAAAAAUUACAGAAAAUGGGAAGAAAGUUCGAAAGAAUUGGAUGUCGUCAUGGGCAGUAUUACAAGGUUCGUCACUGCUGUUCACUAAAACCCAAGGAAGUGGAACUGGCUGGUUUGGUGUCAAUCAGUCUAAGCCAGAAUUUACAGUGGAUCUCAAAGGGGCACUGAUUGACUGGGCCUCAAAGGACAAAUCGAGCAAAAAGAAUGUUAUUGAGCUAAAAACCCGCCAAGGAACAGAGCUCCUAAUUCAAUCUGACAAUGACAGCUUUAUUAAUGAAUGGUAUAAAGUUCUUAACUAUACCAUCAACAAUCAGGUAGUCGAGUCUGAUGAAGGAUUAGAAGAUGAGGUACCAGAUUCCCCUGGGGUAGAAAAACAAGACAAAGAAAAAGAGAAAGAGAAUAAAGACUCUAAGAAACUUCGCUCAGUGAAAGGACCUAGCAAUAUAGAUUCCACAGAUCAGAAAAAGACCAAAACGAAACUCAAGAAGUUUCUUACGCGGCGCCCUACAUUACAAGCUGUCCGUGAAAAAGGCUACAUUAAGGAUCAAGUGUUUGGUUCCAAUCUCACCAGCUUGUGUCAAAGAGAAAACAGCACGGUGCCAAAGUUCGUGAAGCUGUGCAUUGAGCAUGUUGAGGAACAUGGAUUAGAUGUUGAUGGCUUAUACCGGGUUAGUGGCAAUCUUGCAGUGAUACAGAAGCUAAGAUUUGCAGUCAAUCAUGAUGAGAAACUAGACUUGAAUGACAGUAAAUGGGAAGAUAUACAUGUCAUCACAGGAGCUCUGAAGAUGUUUUUCAGAGAAUUGCCAGAGCCGCUGUUCACUUAUAAUCACUUCAAUGACUUUGUCAAUGCUAUUAAACAAGAGCCAAGGCAGCGUGUCCAUGCUGUUAAAGAUUUAAUCAAACAAUUGCCAAAACCAAAUCAGGACACUAUGCAGGUACUCUUUAGACACCUGAAAAGAGUUGUAGAAAAUGGAGAAAAGAACCGAAUGACCUAUCAAAGUGUAGCGAUAGUUUUUGGUCCAACCUUAUUAAAACCAGAGAAAGAGACUGGUAACAUAGCAGUCCACACAGUAUACCAGAAUCAGAUUGUAGAAUUAAUUCUACUGGAAUUAAAUUCCAUCUUUGGACGCUGACGUGUUUCUUGGAGUAGAAACUGGGAGUGAUGGGUUGGCAGCAGUGCUCCUUCGGAAGGAAAAUCUCUCGCUGUACAUGAUGUAUUAUGUUUGUGGACCAAGCCGCAACUUGUUUUUUGCACUUUUGGGGAAGGGAGAAACAGGAGAAAUGUUUGACCACUUUAAUGCGAAUUAAAGACAACACUUUGGAUUUCUUUGAAAAGUUCAAUGUAAGAAGUGAAUUGAAAAGUUUAGAGUUUGCCUUUUUUAAAGUAGCAUUGGAAAAAUGUAAUAUAGGUUCAUA